GUUCUGAGGUACCUGGAGGAGCAGGUGAACACCUGGGCCCCGCCCGGAGGGAGAGCCCCGAUCUUCAGCCCAGAACGACGCCUUGAGCCGCGAGAGCCUCGUGGUGUGAACCCCGAAAUUCCCGAAAUUCCGGAAAAUUCCCCAAAAUUCCCCAAAAUUCCCGCUCCCCGCCCCUCCCCCCUUCAUUUUUUGGGCUCAUUUCGGGGAUUUUUUUACUUCAGUGCCUUCUUUUAUUAAAAUUUUUUGGAGUUUUGGGGCCAAAUAAAAGAUUUUAGAGGAAAAUCGAUGACGUCAUCGAGGCGGAUAUGACGUCGCUGGGGAAGGGGGGGGGAUUUUUUUUGGGAAUUUUGACGGAUUUUGGGUGGAUUUGAGGGAAUUUCUGACAAAUUUAGGGGGGUUUUGAGGAGUUUUGGGAGGAUUUGGGGGGAAUUUUUCAGGGAUUUUGGGGGAAUUUUGUGGCAUUUGGGAAUCCUGAACUCGAUCCGGGGAUUUUUUUGGCAUUUUUUGGGAAUUUUUUGGGAAUUUUGGGGAUUGGAAUUUCAGGGAUUUUGGGGGAAUUUUGUGGCAUUUGGGAAUCCUGAACUCGAUCCGGGGAUUUUUUUUGGCAUUUUUUGGGAAUUUUUGCGGGGGAAUUUCAGGGAUUUUGGGGGAAUUUUGUGGCAUUUGGGAAUCCUGAACUCGAUCCUGAGAUUUUUUUUGGGGUGGGGGAUUUUUUGGCAUUUUUUGGGAAUUUUUGCGGGGAAAUUUCCGGGAAUUUCGGCGCCAACUCAACGCGAUGGGCGUGGCCUCCCUCAAACCCCGCCCACCUUGACGUCACGCCACUCGAUUGGCCGCGCACAACGCCUUCUGAUUGGCCGCUCACAACGCCUUCUGAUUGGCCGCGCACGAACCGGAAGUUUCUCUACGUAACGUCCGGUUUCCCAUUAGGCCCCGCGGCCGCUAGGCCCGGAAUCCCAAACCCGGAAACUCCAAAACAAACCAAAAAAAAAAAGAAAAAAAAAAAAAACCAAAAAAUUCCCCAAAAUCGCCCCAAAAAUUCCCGAAUUUUCCCCAAAAUCCCCUUGGGGGACCCCCCCGCGGCCGCCAUGACUUUGUUCCACUUCGGGAAUUGCUUCGCCCUGGCGUAUUUCCCUUAUUUCAUCACCUACAAGUGCAGCGGCCUGUCCGAGUACAGCGCGUUCUGGCGCUGCGUCCAGGCUGGAGCCACUUAUGUACUGGUGCAACUGGGAAAGAUGCUGUUCCUGGCCACUUUCUUCCCCACCUGGGAGGGACCCUCGGGGGGCUACGACCUGGUGGGGGAAUUCCUGCGUGCCACCGUGGACGUGGCCGAUCUCGGGGGGCUCCAGCUGGCCCUGGGCCGGGGCGGGGGGAGGGGCGAGCUCCGAAUCCUGGUGGCCGCCCUGGGCUGGGCCAGCGCCGAGCUGCUCACGGCCAGGUGUGUCCCGCUCUGGGUGGGGGCGCGGGGGGUGGAGUUUGACUGGAGACACCUCCAGAUGGGACUGGACUCCAACAUCAGCCUGGUGCGUCACGUGGCCGCCGCCGCUCUACUUUGGGCCUCGGGGCGCCAGGACCUCCCCUCCCCCCUCCGGCUGCCCCUGGGGGGGCUCCUGGCGGGCGUGGCCUAUGAGGGGUUCUUAAUUGGGUGGGCGGGGCAGGUGCUGGGCCUGGGGCCCUGGGGGGCGCUGGGGCUGCGGGCGCUGGGGGCGGCGGCGCUGGGGCUGGGGGCGCUGCGGCUGCUGGUGACCCUGCUGCCCCCGCCCUGAGCGCACCUGGACACACCUGAGAUACACCUGGAUACACCUGGGCACACCUGGAGGGGUCACCUGUGUGUUCACGGGCUGGGGCUGGGGGCGCUGCGGCUGCUGGUGACCCUGCUGCCCCCGCCCUGAGCGCACCUGGGCACACUUGGAUACACCUGGGCACACCUGGAUACACCUGGGCACACAUGGGUACACCUGAGGUACACCUGGGUACACCUGGGAUACACCUGAGAUGCACCUGGGCACACCUGGAUACACCUGGGUACACCUGGGCACUCCUGGAUACAUCUGGGUACACCCGAGGUACACCUGAGGUACACCUGGGAGACACCUGUGCACACCUGGACGGACAUGGACACACGUGGAGGGGUCACCUGUGCGUUUACCAGGGGGACAAGUGUGCAGUGGGCGUGGCCCAGGUGUGCUGUGCCCUUCCUGCUGCCCCCUGAGCUUACCUGAGUUCACCUGUGCUGCUACUUGUGGGGUUCACUGGGGUUUGGAGGGCCAGGAAUUGACCCCACGUGAGCGGGGAGGGGCUCAGGUGAGUCCCAGGUAUCCAGGUGAGGCCCCAGGUGUGCUGGGGAGGGGCUCAGGUGAGUCCCAGGUAUCCAGGUGUGCUGGGGAGGGGCUCAGGUGAGGUUUCAGGUAUCCAGGUGAGGCCCCAGGUGUGCAGUGGGUGUGGCCCAGGUGUGCCUGGGGGGUCCUGUGGUCGCUCCUGCCCCUCCCACCCCCAGCCUGAGCAAUAAACACACCUGGACACA